CGGCCUCUCGAGUCUGUGGGAGUGGACGCUCGCGCCGGGCGGACCGUCGUCGCGAGUAGGCAUGAGGGCCUGGUGGCUCCUCGCCUUCGCUCGCUUCGCCGGUGCCGCGCCUGACCUCCUCUUCCACGCGCCGGACGGCCGCGUCCCGACCUUCGCGCCGCGGCCGCCGGUGCCCAACCCAGUCGACGACCCGGACUGGCUCGUCGCCGCGUCGGGCUUCUGCUCCGACUUUUCCUUUGCGCCUGACGGCAGCAUCGACUUCAAGUUCCACCCCGAGGUGUCGGUCGCCUUCACCGACGCCCCGUUCCACCAGGCCGCCUCGCUCGAGGACGGCAUCGAGAUCCGCGGCGAGGAGUACAGCCAGACCGACGUGCUCGCCGCGGGCACAUGGACCAACAAGAACAUCGCGCUCCUCGAGCCGACCUCAUCCUGCGACGACCCGCCCGCCGGGUCGCAGGACGAGUGGGCCAUCAGCGUCUUCAAGGUGAGCGCCAGCGACAAGUGUGGCGAGGAGUGCGUGCACUUCUCCGGCCUCGUCUCGGGCGCGUCGGACAACUUUGUGGCGCGCAAGGAGGGCCGGUUCCUCUGCCAGCUCUUCGUCGAGUCGCACACCUUCUCCGACCAGGCGCGGCGCAGCCUCCGGCGGCGCCUGGCGCCAACGCCUCUGAUGACAAACAUGCACGUGCAGCCGACGGCGCGUCAGCCAGCCUUCGCUCCCGUCCCUGACAUCGACCUCACGGCGUCGUGGCUGGUCGCCACCGCCGGCAUCUGCUCCGACCUCUCCGUUACGCCCAAGUCGGAAACGGUCGCCGCCGAGUCCGACGCCGACCAGUCGGGCACCUUUGUUGCGGACAUUACCUUCAAGUUCCACCCGUCAACCUCGGUCGCCUACACCAAGUCGCCAGACCACGGCGCCGUUGAGAUCGGAGAAGACGGUGUUGUCGUCCGCGACAAGGCGUACAGCGCCGUGGAAGUGCUCUCGGCCGCCGCUUGGGACCUCAAGAACAUCGCGCUCCUCGAGCCGACCUCCUCGUGCGACGACCCGCCCGCCGGGUCGCAGGACGAGUGGGCCGUCAGCGUCUUCAAGGUGAGCGCGAGUGACAAGUGCGGCGCCGAGUGCGUGCUGUACUCGGGCCGCGUCUCUGCCUCCUCGUCGAGCCUGGACGUCUCGGUGCAGAAGAAUGGGCGCUUCCCGUGCCAGCUCUACGUCGACUCCAACGGCGACGACAACAAGUGGGCCGCGCCGCCACGUCCUGCUCCGCCGCCACCUCCGCUCCUCAACUUC